AAAAUCCCUUUGUUUCUACAGGCGUUUGAAUAUGUAAUUUCUAUGUUCACAACCAUGCAAAGUGGGAUCUGGGAUGGGCUACUGCUGAGGUCACUUCGGGAACCGAGCUAAAACACUCAAGAGACUUGCGAGAGCUCUCAAAACAUUUUUGGGUAUUUGUGAUUCAUAUUUUAUCAAAACUGGACAAGAUUUUUAAGUGAAAGAACUGUAUCAUCUAGCAUUACAAUUCAGAGUCUAGCUAGGAUUUGGAUGGCUGUGAUGUAUGUGUUUUUUUCCAUUUCAAAGUGCAGCCGGGUCGCCAGUUGAGAUUGCCGCUUUGUAAUGUAGGCUAGGAUCGACAAUUUGCUGGUCAAUUUGGGUUAUAAAGGUACAAAUAAUGGCUGAAGAGUUAACUUACAGCUAUUAAAGAGUCAGAAAGAUGUCAGUGAACACGAAGAGUUGGUAAUUUGACUUUACAGAACAUGCAGAUUUCAGAGUGUCAAAACACAACCUUAAAAUGCGAUGUACUUCUCCAGAUCAAUGACUGAAAAUAGUUUUAACAUAAGAGAUAAGCAGAGAUGUCGGCAAACAAUAUCUGAAGGUGAGGUAACUUUUCACUUCGUUAUUGUCAACCAACCGUAGUUCAAUUACUGUGUACAAACACAAGCAUCGCAAACUACACAAAUGUGCAUAUUUUGUACCAGUAAAUCAUGGAAAAUCCUUCGACAACAUCUUGAAAAGAGGUUCAGUAUAGUAUCAGUUAACUGAAUACAUUUCUAAUCACUGUUAGUUUGAAAAGUCUAGUUUAGGUAUGCUAACAACCUGGGAGUUCUCGACUUAUUAGAUUGUGUUUAGGGUGACUGACAAGUGCAUUCUUCUUUCACCACAACAAUCUCCACCGGUAGCUAUAGAGUCAAAUAAUAAUCGUUUGUUUCACUUUCCUCGAAUAUUUAUCAAUUCUUGAUCUAUUCUAAGUUUGUAAUUUAGAUAUGUUUCAUUCCUCAAAAACAAAGUUCAAAGAACAAAGCAAUUGUGUACGCAGAAUGGUCAGUGAGAAAUGCAGCCAGAUUACGACCUCUGGCAUGCGUGUAUUUUUAUUAAAGUCCACAAAUACAUAGCUAGUCCACCAGGUCGAAGCUUCAACAAUCUUGAUCGCCUCAUUGUAGGAUGUAGGUUUUGCUUACUAUUUGUUUAGAAAAGUUACUAUUUCAAGUAUAGAAAACGUAAUGCAUUUAAUUUCUUUACCUACAGUUUCCAUUAUUUAUUUUGGUUUGGUAUUCGGAAGAUUGUUCAAGCUCAGAAUAGUCAGAUGGCUUCCAGCUUUUCCCAAAUUCCUGUUUUACGCAGUACCUUGACAAUGUCAAGCUUUCCUUUAGAGAAUAUACAGACCAUGAAAAUCUGUAGGACAGUAGCAGCAAACGCGAGAUCGAAGAAAUCCUCUAUGGCUCCCUGGCUUUAGUUUUGUACAGAUCAGCCUACUUUGGUCUUUUUCUCGUUUCCAAUCAAGUUUCAUAAAGAUAGAGGUAUUGAAUGAAGAGGAGUACUCUAUCCUACGCAUUCUGUAUUGUUACUGUCUCCAACAGCACAUCUUCCUUGCAUUCUGCAAUGAUUUUGACACACAGUUUCGCAUGUAUAUUCUUCUCAGAAACAAAAUAUUGUUAUUCCCGAAAUGAUGUCAGAAGCCAACUCGUCCCAUUCUCCUCUAUUCCUCUGUGGUGAACAUGGAAAAAGGCAAUUUAACAAACUUGAAAAUUCAUGCAAAGUUAACGAAAGUAGUUACAAUGAUAUUUUUUUGGCAGUGGUGAUUAGGAGAAAAAUGAAAUUGAUAUUAGGAAAAAAAAAUUGGGGUGUUAGUGGCACUUUAAGUGUUGAGUAAGCAGUGUCGCCAGCCCUAAAUUUAGUUUGUCUCCAUUUUGCCUCUUCCUUUUCAGCUUGUAGUUCUAAGGCCAAAUGGGCCACUUGGCUCAUAUGCAGACUUAACCUUUCCUGAUGGGAUUCUCAAUGGUCUUAUUGUAAAUUUUUAGGAACACCAAUUGCAAGACCUCCAGUGUUAGGAAAUCAAGAUUUAGACCUAUACAAACUUUAUAGGAUAGUACAACAUCAUGGAGGCAUGGAGAAGGUUUCCAGUGAAUCAUUGCUUUGGAGAAAAAUUUAUCAACAAAUGGACAUUCCAGUUGUUCCACCAAGUGCAUCACAUCACAUUAAAAUGGCUUACAAAAAAUAUCUUUACCCUUUUGAAGUUCACGAGAAGGAAGGACUAAAUCCAUUAGCUAAAGACAAAGUUGGCGAACACAGCAUUAGUAAUGACAAGAAUCUCAAACCAGAGAGUCCUGACAGUGCCCAAGACAGCAGUGACGAAAAACAUCUGGAGUGUUUAGAACCUUUACCAGACAUAGAUGAUGAUGAAAUAGUUUUGAAGAAAGCAGAAUGUAAACAAAGCACAAGGAUCAGGGAAAUGAAACGUCAGCAAAGUCUUGAUAAUGGAAUGAUAAGUGAAUCUCAAGCAAAGAGCCCUGAGGAAUAUGUUUCUGUGGAUGUCGUCAACAGUCCUGAGUCUUCAUCUGAUGUGAGUGAGCCACAUUCUGAUGGCAAAUCUGAUGUGCCUGUGGAUGAAUUAAAUUUGGAAAUUGGUGAUAAGGUACAAGUCAAGUAUGGAAGAGGGAGAAAUCACCGGCUUUAUGAUGCCAAGAUAAUUCAUAUUGACCCUGAAUCUAGUGAAGGUGCAAUUUACUGUAUUCACUAUGCUGGUUGGAAUAAUAGGUAUGAUGAAUGGAUAAAGCCUGAAAAGAUUGCAGGAUGGGGUACAAGACAGACAAGGAAUAGAACUGGCGGUACAAUCAAAGGACCGGAUUCCAAUUCAAAAUCCACUCCUAAGCCCAUGACAAGGCCCACUACAAAGCCCGCUGGCAGGCGGACAUCUAAAGCAGCAGUGGCACCAGCCAAGGAAGUAGUUACUAAGCCAUCAUCAGCAUCAAAUGGUUCUAAGUGCGUACUGAAGAGACCAUGCUCUCCUUCCACAAGGUCUGGAUCAGUGUCACCAUCUCUUGGCAAGUCACCUAAAACUGGCCCUGGCAGAGGUACAGGCCGCACAAGGUCAGAGAGGAACUCGCUUUCAGAGGUGUCGAAUGGAUUGGAUGAAGUGAAAAGUCCUUUGUCAAGAAGGCGGCAAAAGUCAACUACACCAGAACCAUCGUUAACCGAGCAACAGAACAAAUCUGCAGAUGUAGUGAACCAUGUUCAGCCAAUCCCUGAAGUAAUUUCAGGAGAAACAGAAAAUACAACAACUGAGGAAAAGAAGAAUUUUGUGUGCAGUAGCGAAUCAGUGGAUAUCUCAAAGAAUUUAACUUCUUAUUGUGGAAAUGGAGUGUCAUCUGAAAUUUCUAAUGUGGAGCAAGGAUCUGAGCACAGCUCUGGUAAUGUUAAUGGAAAAAGGAAAGAUAAGAGUAAGAGAACUGUAAAUGGUUUAAUAAAAAGUGUUGCAUCUCCAGAAAGAGUUAGUAAAGAUUUCAAAGACACCAGUGAGACAUGCCCAGAGCCCAAGAAGGUCAAAGUUGAAAAUGAGAACAGUAUGCAAGACAGAGAUGUUGAAGACCUGCUCAGUGACAACACAGUAGUUAAGAUAGGAAAUCAACCACUGCAAACACUGGGUACCACAACUACCAUGGAAACAGUUUCAGCCUCCUCCUCAUCAGAGGACACUAAACUAGAUCUUGUCAGUGAUUCAGCGGCAUCCAGUUCUGCUCAGUGUAGUGAUGACAGUGAGAAAACUAAUGAGCCAGUUGAUAAUUCUCCUAGGAGAGAUACAACUGAAAAUACUUGUGAACAUAACAGUACUGAAAAGGAUAGCAAACCGGAGAAGAAAAAUUCUGAGCAUCAUCACAGGAAACAUAAGAAAAGGAAGGAAAAGAAGAAACAUCGCCACACAUCUGGUAAUGACAGCACAGGUAGUGACGCUCCAGGGAGUCCAGUGUAUAGUCAGUCACAGGGAGUAUUUUCAUCACCCCGCCGUCCCAGGAUGUCAUUUGACAUGGAUCUAGAGGAAAUUAAAGCAAAGGAAGAUGGUGGGGAACGUAUCAGGUUACUCCAGGACAAGAUAAAUGAAAUGAGGAAAAUGUACAGCUCCCUUAAAGCUGAAGUCGCCAGUAUUGACAGAAAGAGGAAGAGACUCAAGAAGAAAAGAGAAGCAGCCGAAGCUGAAGAGGUUCAUGAGGUACAUAAAUCUAUACCGUCGUCCUCGUCAUCAUCACAUGCCAUACCCUCUCCAAGCGUCCCUCCUGUAGAAUGUAGAUAACAAGGAAAUUUUCCUGUUGGUAUUGAAUCUUGAUUGUUCUUUUACAUAACAACAAAUCUCUUUUUCAUAUCCUCUGUAGAGCAGUAAAACUCAGUGCCCUUUGUAGAGGAGUAAAACCUUGCUCUUAAGUGGCUUGUGCAAAGAUGCAAAGAGAACUACUUGUGAAUGAGUAGUCUUUGUAAGCGUUUUUGAAAGAGUUAUCAAAUAUAUCUUUUGUAAGAAAAUUUCAAGAAAAUGCUUUCCUCAAUGUUGAAGCUUUACAGGUCUAUGCAAUAACAUAGACUAGAGUGGAAAGUAUUUCUAUUUCACAUCACUUCCCCAAAACUAAUUUAUCAAUAAAGAUGGCUUGUGUGGCUCUUAAAAUUACCAUCAGGAAAACUGGGGACCUGAAUUUGGCCUGUUAUUUAAUGUGGAUUUCAAAUAAUUAUUGUACAGUAUCAAGAUGAUGUUGAAAAUUGGUUAUCACCAGCAUUGUUUUAUGUGUAAAUGUAAUUAUGAUGAGAGCCUGAGAGACUGAAAUAUCUCACUUGGGUCUAAUACGAAGGAGCUCUUCCUUGUCCUUGAUCGCGUCUCUAAGAGAAGAUAAACUCGCUGUGUUUUAAGUCAUUAGGUAUAUAGAUAUUUUGCAUCAUCCCAUGCAAGGGGUUUGAUGAUACGUCACUCCUGAAAUUGUGAAUGUCCCAUAACCCAGUAGUAGAGCUUUAUUCAAUCGAGUUGUAAAACCAAAACCAAGCCACCUACCAGUUAGACUACUCGGCCAACAGAGCAGUUUGAGAUCGAGUGCCGGAAGUAGUCAGGCAAUUACUUAACCUAAAUAAUGGUCUGAUUACAUUCGACAUUUAAUUGAAAACCGCUCUAUUGCAAAAGUUGACGUUACUUAUUUUUUCACAUGCAGCUCAUGUUUUGUGAAAGUUUAAAAAGUGAAGUCUCGUGACUUCACCUAAGUCACGCAGUAGUAGGCAUGUCACGUCUAUUGGACCGCGCAAUACAGGAGUGGCAAAGAUCAAUCUCUCUUCUUUAAUUGCUUUUACUUUGUGUAUUAGUAACCCGUUUGAAUGUUUGUCAGUUUAGAAACAAAUUAUCGCUCAAGGUAGAUAUAUAUAUUUAAUGAAGGCCUUUGGUGCUCCAUAUUUUAUACUUAAACAUCCCUGUCGGCUUGUUUCCGAAAAACGCUUUUGGGGGAUGAAGAAGUAAAUAAAUAUUUAAACUUUUUUAAGGUAUUGCAGAAAUCGAUGGAAUUAAAUUGCUGUGUCAAUACGUUAAAAAGGCAUAUUUUUCCGUCUCUCUAGUAACAUAUAUAUGAAAAGAAACUAACAUCAUCAUUAUUUGAAUUUAGUCGCGAUUUUGUGUUGUAAUCCUAGCCUUUUUCUGACUGUACGAGAGGUCUUCACUGUACAUGUAUUUAAUGUGCUCCGUCAGUUUUCUUUUCCAAGCGCAGUUACUCGGUAACUUUUGUGGUCUUUCUGGUCUUAGAUUUGACUCUUUGUAACUAUCUUUUAGGUUAACAAACAAACAAAGCAGGUUUUGAUAUGUAUAGAAGCUAAAUGUGACAAAUAAUGGACAUCAUGUGAACAUGCUACAUCAUGCUAUUACAGUUAAUUGUGAUAUCUCUAAAGCCUCGUUAAGUAACACAAGUGCAAGUCACGCAAGCGUCUUCAAAAGAGGUGCUACUAUUUAAUUCAUAGAUUCAUGUAAGAGUAAAGCGACGGCUAUAAUUCUGAUAAAUAAGUUCGUGAGUGAAUGGACAAAGUAGUUUUAACGUAUCCUUUUAUAUUCAUACACUUAUGGUCACAAAUAGAAUUGAUUUGUAGCUUUCUUGUGUUGGUAUUUCGCGGUGGGUAGACAAGUAACAUGUUUCUGACAUUUUUAAGACUUUUUAUUUUAUGAUGUAUUUUAACAGUACCCGCUUCUAAGUUAUUCCCUGUGGAUUGUGAAUAAAGACUGCUAUGCUCUUCAAACAGGCUGAAUCCAAUUUCUGGUUAAUUUUGCUAAUUCAGUCUUGGAGACUGACUUGGAAACGGGUGGAUAUCACCCGAGUCGCAAAGAAUACAUGAUUAAGUCAAACUUGAUUUUAACUGGGCGGCCUGGGGCUGAACGGUUUAUGAGGCACUCGAUAUGCGCCAACACCGAUUUCGCGGCUAAACGUAGAAUGAAUGAGCCUUUCAUCCCGUACCGUCGGAGAACGACUAAAUCAUUGAGCCAUUGAAAAUUUUCCGAAUGCUCUAGUACUGUGCUCUGUAUUUUGAAAUAUAAUCCUGUUUAGUUUCACUGAAGGGUCUGGCACGGAGGGAGAAGUAAAUACAUCCCAAACUUGAAGAAACAAUCACAAACUUGCUGUGACACCAAACUUUGUAAAUAGACCAAUAUGUCAUCAACCCAUAUAAAUUUUUAUUUAUCACAAUUUAAUGGCCAGUGAUAACACAAAGACCAGAUAAAAUACUAUGCAAUUAAAAGAAAAAAUGCCACAAGGAUGGUCGGCAAGAAAUGUUAAUCCCCAUGCAAAGCAGACCACGUGAUGAAAUAAAAGCAUCCUACAACAGCUAAAUCAAACAUUUCUUGAAGUUAAGUAGUCCCUUACUCCGUUUUUAAAACCAGAAAUACUUGAAGCCUAACGAACUGAUAGUGGCAACACACUCCACAUGUCAUCAUCAAUCCUAUUACAUGUAAAAAAA